UAUUUUGCAUUUGUUCUUAUUUUCAGAACCUGAUUUCUUAGCUGCUUUCCCAAAUUAACAUGAGAGACUCGCUGGAUCUGGGAAUAUCCACUGCCUGCCCAGAGGAGCACUUGGAGGAUUGUGGCUUGAUCUCCCUCUUGUGGAAAAUUAAUGGAACUAAAUUCUCGUGACAUUUAAAGAAGAAACAUCCAACAGCAGCUAAUAAACUAUGUCAACAGUUACUGUGAUACCUGCUGCUGUUGUUGGUACUGAAGGAAGUGAAGAAAUGGACUCUCUGAUUGUACUGCAUUAUAAUUACACAGGAAAGCUUAUUCUGAGGGAAAAGGCAACUGAUAACAUAGACCUUACCACUGUUGCCUUUCUGAUCCUAUGUAGUUUCAUAGUCCUGGAAAAUCUGAUGGUGUUGAUUGCCAUUUGGAAAAACAAUAAAUUUCACAACCGCAUGUACUUUUUCAUUGGCAAUCUAGCUCUCUGUGAUCUUUUAGCUGGGAUUGUUUACAAAGUAAACAUUCUUAUGUCUGGGAAGAAAACUCUGAGCUUGUCCUCCACAAUUUGGUUUAUUAGGGAAGGCAGUAUGUUCGUUGCAUUAGGAGCCUCCACCUUCAGCUUAUUAGCAAUAGCUAUUGAACGACACUUGACAAUGAUUAAGAUGAGGCCUUAUGAUGCAAAUAAAAAAUACAGAGUGUUCCUUCUCAUUGGAACCUGCUGGCUUAUUUCAAUCUCCUUGGGAGCUUUGCCCAUCCUUGGCUGGAACUGUAUAAACAACUUGCCAGAUUGCUCAACAAUUUUGCCUCUUUACUCCAAGAAGUAUGUUGUAUUCUGCAUUAGUAUCUUCAUAGCCAUUCUGGUAGCCAUUGUUAUCCUUUAUGCACGCAUCUACAUCCUGGUAAAGUCCAGCAGCCGUAAUGUCACUAACCACAACAACUCAGAGCGGUCCAUGGCACUCCUUAGGACUGUUGUGAUCGUUGUUAGUGUCUUCAUUGCUUGUUGGUCACCACUGUUCAUUCUGUUCCUUAUUGAUGUGGCCUGCCAAGUCAAGGAGUGCUCUGUCCUGUUCAAAGCCAACUGGUUUAUAGCUCUGGCUGUCAUCAAUUCUGCAAUGAAUCCUAUCAUCUAUACUUUGGCUAGUAAGGAGAUGCGUCGAGCUUUCUUUCGCCUUGUUUGUGGCUGCCUGGUGAGAUCCAGGGCUGCCAGAUCUUUGCCCAUCCAGCCCACACCAGAUCACAGCCGAAGUAAAUCCAGCAGCAGCAACACUCAGAAGCCAAAGGAUGAUUUCCCACAGAUGAGCAUUCCCUCACGUGUCAUUGGGAAACAUGAAUCUUCAUUUUACAAUGGAAGCUUCUGUAAGUGAAAUAUUCCUCAAGACAAGGACCUUUCUGUGGCUUAGAAUUAAACUACAAGUGUAGUUUAACUAUUCGUGCACUUACAUUUUAGGGGGAAACACUAAACAACUAUUUAAGGACUUCAUCAUCAACAGUCAUUUGCUUUGUGUCUUUCAGUAAGGCAUCUGAUCCAAAAAAAACUUUUCAUGCUACUCAACAGCCAGUUCAGAGACCAUGCACAUCUAUUGACAUUGUGACCACGAUGGCAUUACAUUGUGAAGCUGUAUUGGACACUCCUUGAUCCUUCAGGACAUCAGUAAAACCUGUUACAUUCACUAAAUGUUCACAAAAUAAGUAAAACUUCAGCAUUCACUAAACGCUGCUGAUAAAAAAUGAGCCUGAUUUUGGCUGACUCAGAGAAAAGCUCAUUCCAUAUAUUGGGGAUUAUAAUUCUGUCUAUGUAUCUUGCUGUUAUGUUAAUAGCCUUACUUGUAUCUGGUAUAAAUAGCUGUAUAUUUGUACAAUACAUUAUUAAAAAGUCAUUGACUGGUUAGAGUUAACUGUAUUUUAAACAUUAUAUUGUAGUAUAGAGUAUAAGGUGACGAAUUAUAGUAAUAGGUAGAUGUGUUCCAAAGGGGAUUUUUAAAAUACAUGAAGUAGUAGCUUUAAACUGAUAAACUUUGAUGCCAUAUCAAUGCAGUAUUUUUGUUUCCACUGUUGCUCAAACUUUUCAUGUUUAGUGAAAGACAACAUGACAGUUGUCACUGACAUUUCACAAUUUAUUUUAAGCAUGCAGUAGUAAAUAACUAUUGUGAGAGGUUAUAUAUGUUUGCUAUUUAAAGCAGUUAAAAUGUGACCCAACCGUACAUAAAUCAAGGGUGUGUACUAUGUCAAUGCAUAUGUUUUUACUUACCAUUUUUAGUGUAUUUAAACAUGCAUGCAAAACCCAUGUAAACCUGUGUACCUUGUGAAUGCACUGCCUAAGCUGAGAUUCUUCAGUUUCUGAAGCAGAGAUGUAUCAUUUCAGAGAGCAGUGAACCACAACCUGGUUCUUGUGGUGUUCCUCGUUCUCCCUCUGGGCACUACCAUAACAUGGGAUUGUGAAAUAAAUUCUCUUUGGGAAGAGGCCCCACCA